AUGGCAAAGGAUAAGAGGAGCCGAUCGCGGAAACCGUCUGGGAAAGGGUCGCAAUCCGCCUCCAGGGAUCCUUCGCCUUCUCCCUCUUCUGCACCUGCCCCUGGGGCUCCGACCGACCAGGAGGAAAAGCCGCCGGCCGAUUCGAAGGAUGACGACGGGGCAUUACCUCAGACCGCCGAGACACCUCGUGACGAUUCGAAUCCUCAAGACCAGGGUGUCCCUCAAGGCAGCGAGGUCCCUGUGCUGCUUGCUGAUAAUGGGCCUCUCAGCUCUCCUCAAAUCGAACCUGCGCUCGGCGCCGUCGUAGAGGACCCUGCAAAUGACAAAUCUGGUGGGGAUUUACAGUCCCCGGCCAACGCAGACCAGUCAUUACUAGGAAAUCCUGACGACGCGGGCGAACUCAGCCCGGAGUUGCGUCGACCCUCCUAUAAUCUGUCUGCUGAGCUCGGAGGCGAAAGCAUGGACGGCUCCGAGGAAGACACACAACCAGAGGUGGAAAAUGAAAGCACAUCACGGCAAGAACACCCUGGCGCCGACCCUGGACAGCAGCGUCCAGGCGAAAACUUAGGUGAAGCCGCAGGGGCAAAGGACGCGAGAUCAGGGCGAACAGAGGAGGAGUUUCAAGAAGAAGUCAGAAAACGGCUUGCUGCUGAGGAGCGAGUGAAUACGCUCGAGGCUGAGUUGAAGAUUCGAGAGCAAAGAUACGAGGAAGCUGCUGCAGCUGAUAGGAGAAAAUUCCAGCGCGCCAUACAGAAGGCCAAUCAAGCCAGGGAGGCAGAUAAGAUGAAAUUCGACGAGGAAUUCGACAAUCGAGUAAACGAAAGCAUCAAAGGGUUCCAAGAAGAGAUGGAGAAACACGCCAAUAAUGCGGCGAAGCUGACGGCUAUAGUGGAAGGUGGUGGGAAGUCUGCGGCCGAUGAUGCUGCUCGGAUCAAACUCGAGAAUGACCAGGAGGAGUUCCGAAAUGCGGUCCAGAGGGAGCUCAACCCGACCGUGGAAGGGCCACCAGUUACUCCCAGGGACUAUCCCAGGCCCGGUAGUGCUCGCUUUCUUCUCGCCGAGUGCGAGUACCUCCUUGACAAGAGUAGCCCCUUGUAUGAUGCGGUGCGGUCUGCGGCGAACCAUGCGGAUGGCAGGGGUGACGGCCCUAGUGGAAAGAACAAAGGACUCUUCGACGCGUUCAGUCUUGAACUUCAGCAGAUGAACGAUUUCUUGGAGGAAAACAUGGACCUGCCACAGGGUACCCUCAAUGAGGCGAUAAGGGAUUGGGGUUAUGCAGCACAAGAAAAUACCUGGUGA